CUCAGUCUCCUCCUCGUCUUCCGCACCAACUCAGCCUACGACAGGUUCUGGGAGGCGAGGAAGAUCUGGAGCGAGAUGAUCUCUGCCGUGCGCGAGCUGAGCUGCAUAGCUCACAGCUCGAUGAGGGGGUGGGACCGGGAGCACCUCCUCCAGCUGCUCGCCGCCUACCCUGUCAUUCUUCUUCAUCACCUGAGGUCGGGACGGGCGCAGGGUAGCAAGAGCCAGAAGGAGGCGCUCAAGGAGAUCCUGUCCGAGCAAGACGUGGAGCUCAUCUGGACGUCUCGACAUCGCCCGCUUGCUAUCGCCGUCGCAGUGGCAGACGUGAAACAGAGCAGGGGGCACGCAGAGAACAUGGUGAGCCGCCUGAUCGCAACGAUAGCAAACGCCGAGAGGAUAGUCAAGACUGCCGUACCUCUCUCCUACUCCCGUCACACCUCUCGCUUCCUCAGCGUCUGGUGCUUCACUCUUCCCCUCGUCCUCGUUCACAGCAUGAAAAUCUUGAUGAUCCCCGCGGUGGCGAUUAUCUGCUGGGCUCUCUUUGCCAUCGAGGAGGUCGGAAACAUCAUUGAAGAUCCGUUC